AUAAAUACAAACAACAGUAGUAGUAGCAAUAGUAACCAUCAUCAUCAUCAUAGUCAUCAUUCAGGACACGAUCAUCAUCAUCAUCGUCACCAGCAUCAGCAUCACCAACAAGAACAAUCCCACUCACCGUCUCCACCCCCAUCACAACAACACAUCUUAGGUUUAACGUCAACACAAACUGUUGUGGACAAGACGUUGGUGUCCGAGGAGAGAGAACGAACCCCGCACGGUAGCAACCACUCACACCAACACCACCAUCACCACCAUCAUCAACAACAACACAAUCCUGCCCAUCAACCACUACCACCGCCACCUCCUCCACCACCACCACAACAUUACCACCACCACCAUCACCAUUCUCCCCCCACUACUCCAGGUUCGAACCCGACGGCGACGGCAGCGGUCGCUGCGGCCGUUGCAGCGGUCAACGGUGGCAGUGGCGGAAGCAACGGCAGUAAUGGCGGCACUGGAAGUAGCAGUAGUGCCGCUGGACUUCAUUAUCCGUUGAAAUGUGUACAAAACACGGACGAUUUCUACCGGAGUACAACGUCCGGAUUCACACCGGUCAGAUUGUGCAGCCACCCGCUUACAACGGCACCAACAUGGACUGGGGUGUUACCACCCUCAUCAGCAGCAGCAGCGGCUGCCGCAGCAGCAAUGGCACCUGUCAACCUCGGUCUGUACAGGGAUCACGCUCUAUUCAACCCGUGGGUAUUGGCUAGAUGCAGCGGAUAUUUAGGACCAAGAUACCCAGUUGGGCAUGACGGCGCCUUUAUUCUGCCCCCUUAUAGAAAACCGAAACGUAUUCGAACCGCAUUUUCGCCAUCGCAGCUGCUCCAGCUGGAACAGGCAUUUGAGAAGAAUCAUUACGUGGUCGGUCAGGAACGGAAAGAACUUGCAGCUGAGUUAAAACUAACGGAAACACAGGUCAAAGUUUGGUUCCAAAACCGUCGCACCAAACAUAAACGGAUGAAAGCAGAAGAAGAAGCAACCUCAGCUUCUGCCAGUACCACCAGAGAAGAACCGUCAUCUUCAUCACGAGCCAGAUCGAAGGAUAUGGAAAUCGAUCCGACAGGCUUAGAUCCCAUUGAUUAUGAUGGAUCUGAUGAAAAUUCUGAUUCGGAACCAGGUCGGAUUGGAACAUGAUGGCCAUUUCGGGGGUUGACACGAUCAACAAAUCCGUUACUCACGCAUCGAUUUGUCUUUUAAGAAAACGAAAUUAAAAAAAAAAAGACAGCGCAAAACGAAAGGAAAAUAAAGACUAUAUCCAUAACACCACCAGGGGGUGCUAAUGCCUCUUUAUUGUCUAUUGUUGCUCUUCUACAAAAACGUAAGCAAGCUUGGGAAAAUAAAUAAAUAAAUAAAUAAAUAACGGUGAUGAAAUCUAUGGAGAAAGGCAAAACAAAUGUAAAAACAACCUGAAUAAAAAUAACAACAUUGACUAUCAUCAUGAAAAACAGAAAUAAAAUUUCGAUUACAUGUUGAAAAUAUUUGAGAGAUAUUUAGUAGAGUUUUUGAAGAGAGUGUAAUGAGUCAGAGUGUGAGAAAAGAAGGAGGAAAAGGGGGGGGGGAGAUAGAAACGAGGAAUGAAAAAGAGAAAGGUGUGUGUGAAUAUAUAUAUCUUUGUAUAUGCAUACAUAUAGAGGUAUAUAUAUGCAUGUAUUUAAUGUUUAUACUUAUAUGUAGUUAUGUAUAUAUGUGUGUAUAUAUGUGUCUUUCUAUGUGCGUGUGUGUGUAUAUAUAUAUAUAUAUAUAUAUAGGCAGAGUGGAACAGAUUAUGAUGGGGAGUGGCUGUGGAUGACGGUGGCAGUAAUGGUAACAAUAAAUAAAUUAAUAAAAUGAGAAAUUCUAAUUAAAUCUAAUACCUCUCAUAUUUGUAGGUAAAACACAAGGAACAUAUUUACACACACACACAUACGCAUGCAUACAAAUGUGUGUGUGGACACAGUCUAUGCUUUUAAUAAGGGCAAGAAUGAAAUGGCAUCUGCCGAAUUGAUCUGCGAUUAACUGGAAAUAAUAUCGUCUAGUAUAGCUACAGUAGCCUGGAAAACUAUCUGGGUUCUUGAACUGCUUGAAAUAACAGUCAAAUCUCCCUCACCACAUCUUUAUCUUUUAUUUUAUAAAGAAAUAUAGCAAAGCCACACUUAGAGACGUAUCGGGAAACAAAAACCAAAAAAGACGAGAUGGUCUCGGCCAGGUUAAACGGCACCAACCUAAAUCCAACUUACUCGGGUGCAAGAGUUUACAAUUGAGGUCUGAAGAAUAUGUACAUUCUUCGAAAGGAGAAGGAUACUUUUCUGGGAAUAAAUUAAUUAUUUAAUUAAGCAGUUACUCAAUAACAAUUACAAUAUAUCGAUUGAUCAAUUAUUUGGAAGAUGAAGUUCGACAAGUUGCUUUUAACGAAUUCUUCAGAAAUCAUCGAGGGGAUAAUUUCGGUGCUGCCGGAUGUUUACACCUCGGUGCUUCCACACUUGAAUACAUAUUGACAUACAUGCAUAAAGACAAGUACACACAUAAAAAUCAUGCAUACUGAUGUAUGUAUGUGUAUAUAUAUAUAUAUAUAUAUAUAUAUAUAUAUAUAUAUAUAUAAACACACACACACACACACACACAUUUGUGUGUGUGUAUCUAUAUGCAUGUUCUUUGAUUGAAAAAGUUAUGUUUUGAUGUCAGCGUAUUGUUAAAGCCAUCCACAGCAAGGGACUUGAAUGAUGUGUGUGUUUGUGUGCGCGCGCAGGAGAGACAGACAGACAGGAAAAAGAGAGGAGGGGGAAACAAAGGUAGAUGGUGGAAAAUGUGACAGGGUUGAAUGAAGGAGAACGAAAGGAAAUAUAUAUUACUUCAAAUGUAUUUAUUUCAUGCCUCAUUGAUUUCAACAUCAAGGCGUACAUAAAGAAAUUACCUGAGCGAAACACACAAACACACUGCUAGUAAUAUUUAUGAUUGCAUCUAAUCACGAAAAGAAAAAGAAAAAAGUGCUCCGCGGUAUUUGAAACGCCGAACAGAAAGUUGUUGAAACAGAUGAAAUAAUGGUGAGGAUGAUGAUAAUCCUUUCUACUAUAGGCACAAGGCCUGAAAUGGGGGUAAGUCGAUUACAUCGACCCCAGUACUCAACCUGUACUUACUUUAUCGACCUUGAGAGGAUGGAAGGCAAAGUCGACCUCCACGGAAUUUGAACUCAGAACGUAAAGUCGGGUGAAAUGCCGCUAAGCAUUUUGUCCGGCGUACUAACGAUUCCGCCAGCUCGCCACCUUAAUAAUAAUAAUAAUAAUAAUAAUCCUUUCUACUAUAGGCACAAGGCCUGAAAUUUGGGGGGGAGGGGGCCAGUCGAUUAGAUCGACCCAGUAUGCAACUGGUAUUUAAUUUAUUGACCCCCGAAAAGAUGACAAGGUCGACCUCGGCGGAAUUUGAACACGGAACGCAGCGACAGGCGAAAUACUGGUAAGCAUUUUGCCCGCCGUGCUAACGAUUCUGCCAGCUCGCCGCCUCAUAAUAAUAAUAAUAAUAAUAAUAAUUAUUAUAAUAAACAAGAUCAGUGAUAAUAAUAAUAAUUGAUCAGUAUACUGGCAUAAUUAUACCACUGUGCUAAAACAAAAUGAUGACGGCUAUGAUGAUGAUGAUGAUUGUGAUGAUGAUGAUGUUAAUAAAAAUUAUAAUUUCCAAAAUAAACACUUUGUACAAACCGAUAUAUGAAUACUUAACAGCUUUGUUCUUGAAGGAAUUGUAAAAAAAAAAAAAAAAAAAACCAAAAACAAAUAUUAAACAAAGAUGAACAGUAUGUAAUGUAAAGAAAAUAUCAACAAAAAUAACAGGAAAAAGGCCGCUUAUGUAAUGAAGAAAUUAUUUGAGGAAACAAACAAAUUGUAAAUGAACUUUUUUUUUCUCCAAAUGAUAGAACAAAAUGAAAAUAAGUAAAAGAUAAAAUUAAAAAACUAUAAAUCCUGAUGACGGAAAUUAUUAUUAUUAUUAUUAAAAUAUCAUAUUGUAAAUAACAACAACAACAAUAAUAAUAAUAAUAAUAACGAUGGAUCCAAACUUAGCCGCAAGGCCAGACAUUAACAUGGAGGAGACGUAGAGUUGUCUCAAUGGAAGUCAAAACUGGGAAAGACAACAAGGAAAACUUAACGUGAUUUGAACAAUAUGAUCAAUUACAAUGAAAAAGCGCCAAGUAUUUGCUCUGGUGCUCUUCCGAUUUUCUCAAUAACUAGCUUCAUAACUGUCACAGUGAUGAGGAUAUCACUAGAUAUAACUUCUCUUAUACUAUACUAUACUAUACAUAUAUAUAUAUAUAUCGGUCUGCAUGCAUACAUGUAU